CGGAUUCCGCGGACCAAAAUGGCCGAAAUGCCCAUCGUUCGCGUCGUCCACACGGCGCAAGAAAUAGUCGAAGCAAGGGGACGACGGGCUCCCAACUACCCCACCUUCGAGUCGGCUCAAAGCUUCUCGUCUCCAAACACCUCGGCUGCCACCGUUCCCUUGACCCACGAUCGCCGGCUUCCUUCCCCCUUGCCCGGGCAGUUGCAUCGCGGCGCCUCGCUUCCACAAGCCACGCCACGCCCCGCCCCGCCCGGCUGCGGCUUCCCGACUCGUGGACCCCCGCCCGCUACGACCGCUGCCGCCCCAUCGUUGGUGCGCCUCCUACUCUCCCUCCUCGGCAACCAGCGACCAACCGCUCUUCGUGAUCCACGAGAAUGCACAAAUCUCGAUAUUUCCUUUCGUUACUCAUCGAUGGCCGUCUCGCAGCUUUAUGGGUCUGGAUUGGCGGCGAAAUGGAGCAUGCGAUCCUUGGAGGGGCUUCGCCCUUUGCCGUUGUGGCCUAGGGUUGCUUCUUCUGGUUCCCCAGAUCUCAAAAGCAACUACUUCAAAGUCCCUGCCAUUAGGGUUUCCAACAUCAGUGGCAGAAAGCUUACAGUCUCUAUGGGCCUUAAUGGAAGUAGUCCUAGAAGCAGUAUUGUCGCCAAUGCUGCUACUAGAUAUGCGGAGGAUAAGCCAGAUCAAGCUGAUGAACCUCUUAAAACUAAUCCAACUGUGAAAUCCAUCAAUGAGAAAUUGGAUAUGGACGCGCACGUACAAGAGGAGGCUGUAGUCCCAACCAAAAGAAGUGCAAAAAUACAUGAUUUUUGCUUCGGAAUCCCCUUUGGUGGGCUUCUAUUUGCUGGAGGACUGGUUGGGUUUAUUUUCUCUAGAAAUGCCACAGCCAUGAUUUAUGGUGGUGCUAUAUUGGCACUGAGUGUACUUAGCCUAAAGGUUUGGAGGACUGGAAGAUCCAGCUUACCAUUUAUUUUGGGUCAAGCAGCCUUUUCUGCUGCGCUUCUCUGGAAGCUUCUGCAGGCAUACUCAUUGUCAAAGAAAGUCUUUCCUACAGGGUUAUAUAUUUUCUUCAGUGCUGCAAUGAUUUGCUUUUACUCUUAUGUGCUAAUCUCUGGAGGAAACCCACCACCUAAGAAGCUGGCGGCAGCUCCCCCAUCAUAACCAUCUGAAUUCAUACAGAAGACUUUCUCUAAGCAAUAUAGUGUUUACGAUUUCUUCUUUCGAGGUGUGUUUAUGGUGUAGAAACUGAUAAUGGGGUUCUUUUAAUUUUGAUGAAGGCUGUAACAUGAAGUGUGAAGCAUGUCUUCAACAUAGUGCCUCACACGAUGUAGUUGCCUUUGACAGAUAAGAAUGUAUCUCAGGAUAAUUGUCUUAAACUAAACGUGAGAUUGUGUGUUCUUUCCA